AUGACAUUGAUGAAAGUGAAGUUGUUCAGGCAGAAGCAGCAACAAGUGCGGAAAGCAGCGCCCUGGCUACCCAAGCAAGGAGGCCACCUUCUAGCACUUGUAGGCAUGAGGGUGGGAGGUUACCAUUUGCUGAGACACAGGAGUGUAACGAGAGAGCUGGACACAGGGCAUGCCAGCUGGAAGCCACUAGGACACCAGUGCAUCCUGCAAAGACUGAAGGAGGAGAAGGAAGCCAAACGGGCACGUUUGGAUGGUAGACAUGACUACCUAUUUGCAAUUGUGGCUUCCUGCGUGGACCUGGACAAAAGUGAAGUGGAAGACGCUAUUCUUGAGGGGAAUCAGAUCGAAAGAAUCGAUCAGCUUUUUGCUGCUGGAGGUCUUCGUCACCUUAUAUUCUACUAUCAGGAUGUGGAGGUGGCCGAAACAGGACAACUUGGCUCUCCUGGAGGAGUGAAUCCUCUUUCUGAAAUGAAGAAACCCAAGGUGUUUGUGACCGAGGGAAAAGAUGUUGCUCUCACUGGCGUGUGUGUGUUCUUCAUCAGGACGGACCCUUCCAGAGCUGUCACCCCUGAGAACAUCCACCGGGAGGUGAGCUUUAACAUGCUGGAUCCCGCGGACGGGGGCCUGCUCAAUAGCGUGAGGCGUUUGCUGUCGGACGUCUUCAUUCCCUCUCUCAGGGCCCCGAGCCAUGGCUGGGGCGAGCUCGAGGGUCUUCCGGAAGCAUCCAGCAUGCGGCAGGAGUUCUUGAGCUCUCUGGAAGGCUUUGUGGGCGUCCUGUCGAGUGCGCAGGAGAGUUUGAAGGAGAAGGUAAACCUUCAGAAGUGUGACGUAUUUGAACUGACAGCCCUGAAGGAACCGAUAGACUACUUGACUCUAGCUAAUAACCCGGAGACUUUGGAGAAAGUAGAAGGUUGUAUGAGAGUGUGGAUCAAACAAACGGAACAGGUGCUUGCUGAAAACAACCAGCUGCGGAAGGAAGCAGAUGACCUGGGGCCCCGAGCGGAGCUGGAGCACUGGAAAAAAAGACUGUCCAAAUUUAACUACCUUUUGGAUCAAUUAAAAAGCCCGGAUGUGAAGGCUGUCUUGGCAAUGCUUGCUGCUGCCAGGUCGAAACUUCUGAAGACUUGGCGGGAGAUGGAUAUUCGCAUCACUGAUGCGGCUAAUGAAGCGAAGGACAAUGUCAAAUAUUUGUACACACUUGAAAAAUGCUGUGACCCCUUGUACAGUAGUGACCUGAUCUCCAUGGUUGAUGCGAUCCCUACACUUAUAAAUGCAAUUAAAAUGAUCUAUAGUAUCUCCCAUUACUAUAACACCUCUGAGAAGAUCACAUCUCUGUUUGUAAAGGUGACGAAUCAGAUGAUAUCUGCGUGUAAAGCCUACGUUACCAACAAUGGGACCGCGACCAUCUGGAGCCAGCCGCAGGAUGUUGUCGUGGAAAAGAUAUUAUCUGCAAUUAAACUCAAGCAGGAGUACCAGCGCUGCUUUCACAAGACAAAAGAAAAGCUUAAACAAGAUCCAAAUGAGAAACAAUUUGAAUUUAGUGAGAUGUAUAUUUUUGGGAAAUUUGAAACUUUCCACCGACGUCUUGCCAAGAUAAUAGACAUCUUUACAACCUUCAGGACGUACUCUGUCCUGCAAGAUUCUAAAAUUGAAGGACUGGAAGACAUGGUCACUAAAUACCAGAGUAUUGUUGCCACCAUAAAGGAAAAGGAAUAUAAUUUCUUAGACCAGAGGAAAAUGGAUUUUGACCAGGAUUAUGAAGAGUUUUGCAAGCAGACUAAUGACCUUCAUAACGACUUGCAGAAGUUCAUGGAUGUUACAUUUGAAAAGAUUCAAAACACAAAUCAAGCUCUAAGUAUGUUAAAGAAAUUUGAAAGAUUGAAUAUCCCUAAUCUUGGUAUUGAUGACAAAUAUCGGCGUAUUCUUGAAAACUAUGAGGCUGACAUCGAUAUGAUCUCCAAGCUGUACACAAAGCAGAAAUUCGAUCCUCCUUUGGCCCGAGAUCAGCCUCCCGUUGCCGGGAAGAUCCUGUGGGCUCGACAGCUCUUCCAGAGGAUUCGGCGCCCAGUGCAGCUUUUCCAGCAGCACCCAGCUGUGCUACAGACGGCGGAAGCCAAGCCUGUGAUUCGCAGUUACAACAGGGUGGCCAAGGUCCUCCUGGAGUUUGAAGUUCUCUACCACAGGGCGUGGCUUCAACAAAUUGAAGAAAUUCACAUAGGACUUGAGGCAUCUUUAUUGGUGAAGGCUCCAGGCACGGGGGAAUUGUUUGUAAACUUUGACCCUCAGAUAUUAACCUUAUUUAGAGAGACAGAGUGCAUGUCACAGAUGGGUCUGGAAGUGUCACCAUUUGCAGCUGCCUUGUUCCAGAAACGGGAUGUAUACAAAAGGAACUUCAGUAACAUGAAGAUGAUGCUGGAUGAAUAUCAGAGAGUGAAGUCAAAAAUGCCUCUCAUCAUAGAGCCACUGAUGGCCCCUCAUCUGGCUAAAGUGGACGAGGCACUCCAGCCUGGCCUGGCCGCACUGACCUGGACGUCACUGAACAUUGAGACGUACUUAAAAAACACUUUUGCAAAAAUCAGUAAGUCUGAUCUUUGUGUAAAUGGUGCUCAGGUACUGAAUUUUAAAAGCUCAUUAGUAGAGGAAGCAGUGAAUGAGCUAAUAAAUAUGUUGCUGGAUGUGGAAGUUCUGUCCAAAGAAGAAAGUGACAAAGUUUCUAAUGUAAAUAGUACUGAUUCAAAAAAUGAAAGUUCAGCAAAGAAGGAAGGAAAUUCCGACACCUUGGCGUCAUCCCUUAAGGCCCCUGCCGGCCUCCUGCCUUUGGCGACCACCCUGAGAAAGAAGAAGGAGAUGGAGAUGUUAGAGGAGGAAGCCUGCGGGUUACUCUCGCAUUUCAACCAUCUAAACAUGGACGCGCUGCUGAAAGUUACAAGAAACGCGCUGGAGGCCGUCCGCAAGCGCAUUCAUUCCUGCAGCGUGGUGAACUUCCGGGACAGUAACAGCACAUCUAAGAGGAAGCAGAACAGUGUGCCCAUUUUCCGGGUGGGCAUCACUCUGGCCAUUCCCAACAUUGCCAUGGCCCCUGCCCUGGAAGACAUACAGCAGACGCUGAACAAAGCCGUGGAGUGCAUCAUCUGUGUCACCAAGGGGGUUAGGCAGUGGAGCAGUGAACUGUUGUCUAAGAAAAAGAUGCAGGAAAGAAAAAUGGCUGCUUUGCAGAAUAAUCAAGACAGUGAUUCUGAUGCCGAAAUUGGAGAUAACGAACCUCAAGAUACCUUUGAGAUGGCGUCUGUAAACUUACCCAUUCCUGUGCAAACCAGAAACUAUUAUAAGAGCGUAUCUGAUAACAAAGAGAUUGUGAAAUUAGUCUCUGUGCUUAGCACAAUCAUCAGCUCCACCAAGAAGGAAGUUAUUACAUCUCUGGAUAGCUUCAAGCGCUACAAUCAUCUUUGGCAAAGAGAGAAAGAAGAAACAAUUAUGAUGUUUAUUACAAAAAGCCCCUUGCUUUCUGAAUUUGAAUCUCAGAUUCUCUAUUUCCAAAAGCUGGAGCAGGAAAUUAAUGCUGAGCCAGAGUACGUCUGUGUGGGUCCCAUUGCUCUGUACACAGCUGACUUGAAGUUCGCUCUGACUGCUGAAACAAAGGCCUGGACGGUUGUCAUUGGCCGUCACUGUAACAAAAAGUACAGGGGUGAGAUGGAAAGCAUUCUUACACUCGUUGAAGAAUUCAAUAAGAAACUGAAUCGUCAAAUUAAAGACCUAGAUGAUGUUCGGAUUGCUAUGGCAGCCCUGAAGGAAAUCAGGGAGCAGCAGAUCUGCAUUGACUUUCAAGUAGGACCUAUUGAGGAAUCCUAUGCCCUGCUUAACAAAUACGGUCUUCUGAUAACCAAGGAAGAGAUGGACAAAGUUGAUGCCCUGCGUUAUUCUUGGGAGAAGCUUCUGACACGUGCCAGUGAAGUUCAGAAUGAACUGGUCUCCCUGCAGCCCAGUUUCAGGAAGGAGCUCAUUAGUACGGUGGAGGUCUUCCUCCAAGACUGUCACCACUUCUACUCAGACUAUGAUUUGAAUGGUCCAAUGGCUAGUGGCUUGACACCCCAGGAAGCCAGUGAUAGGCUUAUCAUGUUUCAGAAUCAAUUUGAUAAUAUCUACCGGAAAUACAUCACCUAUACUGGCGGAGAGGGGCUCUUUGGACUGCCAGUUACUCAGUAUCCUCAGCUUCUUGAAAUCAAGAAGCAAUUAAAUCUUCUACAGAAAAUAUACACUCUGUACAACAGCGUCAUAGAAACUGUAAAUAGCUAUCAUGAGAUGCUUUGGUCAGAAGUGAAUAUUGAAAAAAUCAACAGUGAACUUUCAGAGUUCCAGAACAGGUGUCGGAAGCUGCCCCGGGCCUUGAAGGACUGGCAGGCAUUCUUGGAUCUGAAGAAGACCAUUGAUGAUUUCAGUGAGUGCUGCCCGCUCCUGGAGCACAUGGCCAAUAAGGCCAUGAUGGACAGGCACUGGGAAAGGAUAGCUGCUCUCACUGGGCAUCGUCUGGAUGUGGGCAAUGAAACUUUUAAGUUAAGAAAUAUCAUGGAGGCACCCCUUCUGACAUACAAAGAGGAAAUAGAGGACAUCUGUAUCAGCGCAGUGAAGGAGAGAGACAUUGAGCAAAAGCUGAAGCAAGUAAUGAACGAGUGGGGCAGCAAAACAUUCACGUUCGGCAGCUUUAAAGCCCGGGGAGAGCUCCUCCUGCGGGGGGACAGCACCUCGGAGAUCAUCGCCAGCAUGGAGGACAGCUUGAUGUUGCUGGGCUCCCUCCUGAGCAGCAGGUACAAUAUGCCAUUCAAGACCCAGAUUCAAAAAUGGGUGCAGUACCUUUCCAACUCAACAGACAUCAUCGAGAACUGGAUGAUGGUGCAGAACCUGUGGGUUUACUUAGAAGCUGUCUUUGUGGGAGGAGACAUUGCCAAGCAGCUGCCCAAGGAGGCCAAGCGCUUUUCCAAUAUCGAUAAAUCUUGGGUGAAGAUUAUGACUCGGGCUCACGAAAUGCCAAAUGUGGUUCCGUGUUGUGUUGGAGAUGAGACCAUGGGGCAGCUGUUACCGCAUUUACUGGACCAGUUGGAAAUGUGCCAGAAAUCCCUCACUGGGUAUUUGGAGAAGAAGCGUUUAUGCUUUCCUCGUUUCUUCUUUGUCUCGGACCCUGCCCUUCUGGAGAUCUUGGGGCAGGCAGCCGACACACACACUAUCCAAGCCCAUUUGCUGAACGUGUUUGACAACAUCAAAACUGUCAAGUUCCACGAAAAGAUCUACGAUAGGAUUUUGUCAAUCUCCUCUCGAGAGGGUGAGACAAUUGACUUGGAUAAACCUGUGAUGGCCGAGGGCAAUGUGGAAGUUUGGCUUAAUUCUCUCUUGGAGGAAUCUCAGUCCUCAUUACAUCUUGUGAUCCGCCAGGCAGCUGCAAAUAUUCAAGAACCAGGUUUCCAGCUGAUUGAAUUUCUUUCUUCCUUCCCUGCUCAGGUUGGAUUAUUAGGAAUUCAAAUGAUAUGGACACGGGAUUCAGAAGAAGCUCUCAGAAAUGCCAAGUUUGAUAAAAAAAUCAUGCAGAAAACCAACCAGUCUUUUCUGGAGCUGUUGAAUACAUUGAUAGGCAUCACGACGAAGGAUCUGAGUGCCAUGGAAAGAGUUAAAUAUGAGACUCUGAUUACUAUCCAUGUGCACCAAAGGGAUAUCUUUGAUGACCUGUGUCACAUGAAUGUCAAGAGCCCUACAGACUUUGAGUGGCUGAAACAGUGCAGAUUUUAUUUUAACGAAGAUUCUGACAAGAUGAUGAUCCACAUCACAGAUGUGGCUUUCAUAUACCAGAACGAAUUUUUAGGCUGCACUGACAGGCUUGUCAUAACUCCUCUCACAGACAGGUGUUAUAUCACGCUGGCUCAAGCUCUGGGAAUGAGCAUGGGAGGAGCUCCCGCUGGACCUGCAGGAACGGGCAAAACAGAAACUACAAAAGAUAUGGGUCGGUGUCUUGGGAAGUAUGUGGUGGUUUUCAAUUGUUCUGACCAGAUGGACUUCCGAGGACUUGGACGAAUUUUUAAAGGACUAGCCCAGUCUGGAUCCUGGGGUUGUUUUGAUGAAUUUAACCGUAUCGAUUUACCAGUCCUGUCAGUGGCAGCGCAGCAAAUUUCCAUUAUUCUGACAUGUAAAAAGGAACGCAAAAAGUCUUUUAUUUUUACUGAUGGAGAUAAUGUGACUAUGAACCCGGAAUUCGGACUUUUCCUGACCAUGAAUCCUGGCUAUGCGGGACGGCAGGAGCUUCCUGAAAACUUGAAGAUUAACUUCCGCUCAGUGGCCAUGAUGGUGCCUGACCGACAGAUUAUCAUCAGGGUGAAGUUGGCUAGUUGCGGCUUCAUUGACAACAUCGUUUUGGCCAGGAAGUUCUUCACCCUCUACAAGCUGUGUGAGGAGCAGCUUUCUAAGCAGGUACAUUAUGAUUUUGGUCUGCGGAACAUUCUGUCAGUUCUGCGCACACUGGGAGCGGCGAAAAGAGCCAACCCCACAGAUACGGAAUCAACAAUUGUCAUGCGCGUUCUGCGGGACAUGAAUCUUUCUAAACUGAUUGAUGAGGAUGAGCCCUUAUUCUUGAGUUUGAUUGAGGAUCUCUUUCCAAAUAUUCUUCUGGACAAAGCAGGUUACCCUGAACUGGAAAUGGCGAUUAGUAGACAGGUUGAAGAAGCUGGUUUAAUUAACCAUCCUCCCUGGAAACUGAAAGUCAUCCAGCUGUUUGAGACGCAGAGAGUGCGGCACGGAAUGAUGGUGCUGGGGCCCAGUGGGGCGGGGAAGACCACCUGCAUCCACACCUUGAUGAAAGCCUUGACAGAUUGUGGAAAACCACACCGGAAAAUGAGGAUGAAUCCCAAAGCGAUUACAGCCCCACAGAUGUUUGGUCGACUUGACGUGGCCACAAAUGAUUGGACCGAUGGGAUAUUUUCAACUCUUUGGAGGAAAACAUUGAGAGCUAAGAAAGGGGAGCAUAUCUGGAUAGUUCUUGAUGGUCCAGUAGACGCCAUUUGGAUUGAAAAUCUGAAUUCUGUUUUGGAUGAUAACAAAACUCUAACCCUUGCCAAUGGCGAUCGGAUUCCCAUGGCUCCAAACUGCAAGAUCAUUUUUGAACCUCAUAACAUUGACAACGCUUCACCAGCUACUGUCUCAAGAAAUGGAAUGGUUUUCAUGAGUUCUUCUAUCCUUGAUUGGAGUCCUAUUCUUGAGGGUUUCCUUAAGAAGCGCUCUCCUCAGGAAGCUGAAAUUCUGCGUCAGCUGUACAUCAAGUCUUUUCCCGACCUGUAUCGCUUCAGUAUUCAGAAUGUAGAAUACAAGAUGGAGAUGCUUGAGGCCUUUGUAAUCAUGCAGAGCAUUAACAUGCUUCAAGGGCUGAUCCCUCCAAAGGAACAGGGUGUGGAGGUCACACCAGAGCACCUGGGGAGACUGUACGUCUUCUCCCUGAUGUGGAGCAUCGGGGCUGUGCUGGAGCUGGAGGGCCGACGUCGGAUAGAGCACUGGCUACGUUCUCAGGAAGCGCUGACCUUGGAUUUGCCACCUCUGGCGGGGACCCAUGAUACCAUGUUUGACUAUUAUGUCUCGUCCAGUGGUCAGUGGCUGCACUGGGACACAUGUACCGAGGAAUACAUGUAUCCACCUGACGUCACCCCAGAAUAUGGCUCCAUCCUGGUACCAAAUGUUGACAAUGUGAGGACCGACUUUCUAAUUAAAACCAUCGCCAAACAAGGCAAGGCCGUGCUGUUAAUUGGGGAGCAAGGAACAGCCAAAACAGUUAUUAUCAAAGGAUUUAUGUCAAAAUACGAUUCUGAAAGUCACAUGAUCAAGAGUCUGAAUUUUUCUUCUGCAACCACCCCACUGAUGUUUCAGAGGACAAUAGAGAGCUAUGUGGAUAAACGCAUGGGUACAACAUACGGCCCUCCUGCAGGAAAGAAGAUGACUGUUUUUAUUGAUGAUGUAAACAUGCCAGUAAUCAAUGAGUGGGGAGACCAGGUUACUAAUGAGAUCGUACGGCAGCUGAUGGAACAGAAUGGAUUUUAUAGCCUGGAGAAGCCUGGGGAGUUCACCAGCAUUGUGGACAUCCAGUUCUUGGCAGCCAUGAUCCAUCCUGGGGGUGGACGCAAUGACAUCCCCCAAAGACUCAAGAGACAGUUCUCCAUAUUCAACUGCACGUUGCCUUCUGAUGCCUCCAUGGACAAGAUCUUUGGUGUGAUUGGGAUAGGCUACUAUUGCAGUCAGAGGGGCUUCUCAGAAGGCGUGAGAGAUUCAGUGAUGAAAUUGGUCUCCUUGACCCGUCGACUGUGGCAGAGGACCAAGAUGAAAAUGCUCCCUACCCCUGCCAAGUUCCAUUAUGUGUUUAACCUCCGAGAUCUUUCUAGGAUCUGGCAGGGGAUGCUGAACGCCACCUCAGAUGUUAUCAAGGAACCAGAUGAUCUGUUAAGGCUGUGGAAGCAUGAGUGUAAACGUGUCAUAGCCGAUCGUUUCACGGUUUCUGGUGAUGUGACCUGGUUUGAGAAGGCUCUAGUAGGUUUGGUGGAGGAGGAGUUCGGUGAAGAGAAAAAACCCUUGGUGGCCUGUGGAUCUGAUGCUUAUUUUGUGGAUUUCUUGAGGGACGCACCAGAAUCUACAGGUGAAACAUCUGAGGAGGCUGAUGCUGAAAUGCCCAAAAUUUAUGAGCCAAUUGAAUCUUUUGAUCACCUGAAGGAGCGUUUGAAUAUGUUCCUGCAGCUGUAUAAUGAGAGCAUCCGUGGCACCGGCAUGGAUUUGGUGUUCUUCGAUGAUGCCAUGGUUCACUUAGUCAAGAUCUCACGUGUCAUUGGCACCCCCCGGGGAAAUGCCCUCCUGGUGGGGGUGGGCGGAUCAGGAAAGCAGAGCCUGACGAGGUUGGCUUCGUUCAUUGCUGGCUACACUUCCUUCCAGAUCACUCUGACGAGGUCCUACAACACAUCAAAUCUAGUGGAAGACUUGAAGAUUUUGUACAGAACGGCUGGGCUGCAAGGCAAAGGAAUCACUUUCAUCUUCAUGGACAAUGAGAUUAAGGAUGAGUCAUUUUUGGAAUAUAUGAACAAUGUUUUAUCGUCGGGUGAGGUCUCCAACCUAUUUGCGCGUGAUGAAAUUGAUGAAAUUAAUAGUGAUCUCAUAUCAGUCAUGAAAAAAGAAUACCCCCGGCGCCCUCCUACCAACGAGAACCUGCAUGACUACUUCAUGAGUCGGGUCCGACAGAACCUUCACAUAGUGCUCUGCUUUUCACCUGUGGGGGAGAAAUUUCGAAAUCGAGCCUUGAAGUUCCCUGCCCUUAUUUCAGGAUGCACAAUUGACUGGUUCAGCCGAUGGCCUAAAGAUGCCUUAGUUGCUGUGUCUGAGCACUUCCUGUCCCCCUACAAUAUUGACUGUAGUUCGGAAACCAAGGAGGAAGUGGUCCAAUGCAUGGGCGCCUUCCAGGAUGGGGUAGCUGAGAAGUGUGCUGAGUAUUUUCAGAGAUUCCGACGUUCUGCUCAUGUGACUCCCAAGUCGUACCUCUCCUUUAUUCAAGGCUAUACACUCACAUAUGGUGAAAAGCAUGCGGAAGUGCAAACUCUGGCCAACAGAAUGAACACUGGAUUGGAAAAGCUAAAAGAAGCCUCAGAGUCUGUUGCAGCACUGAGCAAAGAACUGGCAGUGAAAGAAAAGGAGCUCCAAGUGGCCAAUGAUAAAGCCGACACGGUCUUAAAAGAAGUGACAAUGAAAGCGCAGGCUGCCGAGAAGGUCAAGGCUGAGGUACAGAAGGUGAAGGACAAAGCCCAAGCCAUUGUAGACAGCAUCUCUAAAGAUAAAGCCAUCGCUGAAGAAAAACUGGAAGCGGCAAAACCAGCCUUAGAAGAGGCUGAAGCAGCCCUGCAGACGAUCAAGCCUUCGGACAUCGCCACUGUCCGCACGCUGGGCCGGCCGCCUCACCUCAUCAUGCGGAUCAUGGACUGCGUGCUGCUCCUGUUUCAAAGGAAAGUCAAUGCGGUGAAAAUUGACCUGGAAAAAAGCUGUCCAAUUCCUUCCUGGCAGGAAUCUUUAAAACUCAUGACUGCGGGAAACUUUUUACAGAACUUGCAGCAAUUCCCAAAGGACACAAUCAAUGAAGAAGUGAUAGAAUUUUUGAGUCCUUACUUUGAAAUGGCUGACUACAACAUUGAAACUGCUAAACGCGUGUGUGGGAAUGUAGCUGGUCUUUGUUCCUGGACCAAAGCCAUGGCAACCUUCUUUUCUAUAAACAGAGAAGUGUUGCCUCUAAAGGCCAACUUGGUGGUGCAGGAGAAUCGCUACGUCUUGGCCAUGCAGGAUCUGCAGAAGGCCCAGGCCGAGCUGGACGACAAGCAAGCAGAGCUGGAUGUGGUGCAGGCUGAGUAUGAACAGGCCAUGAGCGAAAAGCAGACCUUGCUGGAAGAUGCUGAGAGGUGCAGACAUAAGAUGCAGACUGCUUCCGUGCUGAUCAGUGGCUUGGCGGGAGAAAAAGAAAGAUGGACGGAGCAAAGUAAAGAGUUUGCUGCCCAAACAAAAAGACUUGUAGGGGAUGUAUUAUUGGCUACAGCUUUUCUAUCUUAUUCUGGUCCAUUCAACCAAGAGUUUCGCAAUCUGCUGCUAAAUGGCUGGAAGAAGGAAAUGAAAGUCCGGGAAAUCCCAUUUGGAGACAAUCUAAAUCUCAAUGAGAUGUUGAUUGAUGCCCCUACUAUUAGUGAAUGGAACCUCCAAGGUCUGCCAAAUGAUGACCUAUCUAUUCAGAAUGGAAUUAUUGUCACAAAGGCAUCUCGCUAUCCUUUGUUAAUUGAUCCACAGACUCAAGGGAAGAUUUGGAUUAAAAAUAAAGAAAGCCAGAAUGAACUCCAGAUCACAUCUCUAAAUCACAAGUACUUCAGAAACCAUCUGGAAGACAGUCUUUCUCUUGGAAGGCCCUUGCUUAUUGAAGAUGUUGGAGAGGAACUAGACCCAGCACUGGAUAAUGUUUUGGAGAGAAACUUCAUUAAGACUGGGUCUACCUUUAAGGUGAAAGUUGGUGACAAGGAAGUAGAUGUGAUGGAUGGCUUCAGACUCUACAUUACCACCAAAUUGCCCAAUCCAGCCUACACCCCCGAAGUAAGUGCUCGGACCUCUAUCAUCGACUUCACUGUCACCAUGAAAGGUCUGGAAGAUCAGUUACUGGGGAGGGUCAUCCUCACAGAGAAACAGGAACUGGAGAAGGAGAGAACUCAUCUCCUGGAAGAUGUAACUGCAAACAAAAGAAGGAUGAAGGAGCUGGAAGAUAAUUUGCUCUACCGGCUGACGAGCACCCAGGGGUCCCUGGUGGAGGACGAGAGUCUCAUUGCUGUGCUGAGCAACACAAAAAAGACCGCGGAAGAGGUGACACACAAGCUGGAGAUUUCGGCCGAGACAGAAAUUCAAAUUAACUCAGCCCGGGAGGAAUACAGACCUGUGGCUACGCGGGGCAGCAUCCUGUACUUCCUCAUCACGGAGAUGCGCUUGGUUAAUGAGAUGUAUCAGACUUCGCUCCGCCAGUUUCUUGGCUUGUUUGACCUUUCCUUAGCCCGGUCUGUCAAGAGCCCAAUUACGAGCAAGAGGAUUGCUAAUAUCAUUGAGCAUAUGACUUAUGAGGUUUAUAAGUAUGCAGCCCGGGGGUUGUAUGAGGAGCACAAGUUCUUGUUUACCUUGCUACUUACCUUGAAGAUCGACAUCCAGAGGAACCAAGUGAAGCAUGAAGAAUUUCUCACCCUUAUUAAAGGAGGUGCCUCAUUGGACCUUAAAGCUUGUCCUCCUAAACCAUCUAAAUGGAUCCUGGACAUGACCUGGCUGAAUUUAGUGGAACUCAGCAAACUUAGACAGUUUUCAGAUGUCCUUGAUCAGAUAUCGAGAAAUGAGAAAAUGUGGAAAGUUUGGUUUGAUAAGGAAAACCCCGAGGAAGAACCCCUUCCAAAUGCCUAUGAUAAAUCACUUGACUGCUUCAGACGUCUUCUCCUUAUUAGAUCCUGGUGUCCUGACAGAACUAUUGCCCAGGCCCGCAAGUACAUCAUGGACUCCAUGGGAGAGAAGUAUGCGGAAGGCGUUAUUCUGGAUUUGGAAAAGACGUGGGAGGAAUCUGAUCCCCGGACACCACUCAUCUGUCUCCUGUCUAUGGGCUCAGAUCCCACAGAUUCCAUCAUUGCCCUGGGGAAGAGAUUAAAAAUAGAAACCCGUUAUGUGUCCAUGGGCCAGGGCCAGGAGGUUCAUGCCCGCAGGCUCUUACAACAGACCAUGGCAAACGGGGGAUGGGCACUUCUGCAGAACUGCCAUCUGGGGCUCGAUUUCAUGGCUGAGCUGAUGGACACAAUUGUAGAGACCGAGGUCGUCCACGGUGCCUUCCGCCUCUGGAUGACCACGGAAGUUCACAAGCACUUUCCCAUCACGCUCCUUCAGAUGUCCAUUAAAUUUACCAAUGAGCCUCCACAGGGCCUCCGGGCGGGACUGAAAAGAACAUAUGCUGGUGUGAGCCAAGACCUGCUGGACGUGAGCACCAUGGCGCAGUGGAAGCCCAUGCUGUAUGCCGUGGCUUUCCUGCACUCCACAGUCCAGGAGAGAAGGAAGUUCGGUCCCCUGGGGUGGAACAUCCCCUAUGAAUUUAAUCAAGCCGACUUCAAUGCCACGGUGCAGUUCAUCCAAAACCACUUAGACGACAUGGAUGUCAAAAAGGGCGUCUCCUGGACCACCGUCUGCUACAUGAUCGGAGAGAUCCAGUACGGGGGCAGAGUCACUGAUGACUACGAUAAGAGGUUGCUGAACACGUUUGCUAAGGUCUGGUUCAGUGAAACUAUGUUUGGAUCAGAGUUCAGCUUCUACCAAGGAUAUAAUAUUCCCAAAUGCAACACCGUGGAUAGCUAUCUCCAAUAUAUCCAGAGCCUGCCGACCUGUGACAGCCCCGAGGUGUUCGGGCUGCACCCCAACGCCGACAUCACCUACCAGAGCAAGCUGGCCAAGGACGUGCUGGACACCAUCCUCAGCAUCCAACCCAAGGACAGCUCUGGCGGAGGGGAUGAGACCCGGGAGGCUGUGGUGGCCCGGCUCACCGACGAUAUGCUGGACAAGUUACCCCCAGACUAUGGCCCGUUUGAAGUGAAAGAGAGGCUGCUGAAGAUGGGGCCGUUCCAGCCCAUGAACAUUUUCCUCAGGCAGGAGAUAGACAGAAUGCAGAGGCUCCUGACUCUGGUCCGCGGCACCCUGACCGAGUUAAAACUCGCUAUCGACGGCACCACCAUCAUGAGCGAAAACCUACGCGACGCACUGAAUUGCAUGUUUGAUGCCAGAAUUCCUGCUCAGUGGAAGAAAGCAUCGUGGGUUUCAAGCACAUUGGGUUUCUGGUUUACUGAGCUCCUAGAAAGAAACUGCCAGUUUACUUCUUGGGUGUUCAAUGGCCGACCCCACUGCUUCUGGAUGACAGGCUUUUUUAACCCCCAGGGAUUUUUAACUGCAAUGCGCCAGGAAAUAACUCGAGCCAACAAAGGCUGGGCCUUGGACAAUAUGGUGCUUUGCAAUGAGGUCACCAAGUGGAUGAAGGAUGACAUUUCUGCGCCUCCCACAGAGGGUGUCUAUGUCUACGGCUUAUACUUGGAAGGUGCAGGCUGGGACAAGAGGAACAUGAAACUCAUCGAAUCCAAACCAAAAGUGCUCUUUGAAUUGAUGCCUGUCAUAAGGAUUUAUGCAGAAAACAACGCUUUAAGAGAUCUUCGGUUUUAUUCCUGUCCCAUUUACAAGAAGCCAGUCCGAACGGACUUGAACUACAUUGCCGCUGUGGACCUCAGGACGGCCCAGGUCCCUGAACACUGGGUGCUCCGGGGGGUUGCCCUGCUCUGUGAUGUCAAGUAACUGGGGUGUGUCCCCCCACCAAUACUUCAGACAAUGCAGGAUCCGAAUUAUCCUAACCUUUACUUUUCCGUGAGUGCUGGACAAUUUGUAAAUCAAGUUGACCAUGUAGUUCAUGAGUUGGUUAGAUUUUCCCUACUCCUUUGUUGGAUGCUUAGGUACAUGUAACCUGCUUCAUCCUUAAUAACCAAUCACUGUGUUUGUUGAAGAGUUAUUUGGUGAUUGAAAAGCAAAAUGUACAACUUCCUAAUGAUGCGCAGCCCUCAAAUCCUCAGUAAUACAUUCAGCUUUAAAGACUCAGUAGGUCAAGUGGACAUUUCCUUGAAAUGAAGGGAUUAUUCUUAGGCUAAUGUGGUUCUGGUGACAGCCCCCUUCCAUAAGGUAACAAGGCAAGUUUAUGCUGAUUUUCUUCCAGGGCCUUUUGCAUUUAGGUCAGGCUAAGAGAUUUGUUUUCAUGGCUAAAGCAGCCAAUUGGAAAGACUGUUCUAAAAAUGGAAAGAAAUAGAAGAAUGGAUUAAGAAUGUGAACAGAGUAGAUAAUCCAUGUAAUCCUAUAGAAUGAAUGUAUAGAAUAAUGUUCAACCCUGCUGAUCAUUAAUAAUGAGACAUGAACUGAUAUUUGUUGCAAUAGAAAACAUUAAAGCUGAAA